AUGGCACAGAUCGAUCAGCCCACGACAAGCAAGGUCGCUCGCAUCGCUGCUGCCCUGGGGAGGAAACACAACUCGGAUCUGCCGUCUAGAACGCUGCUGCGAGACUCGUCUCUGCGUACCCGGGAAAAUGAUUUCAGCGUGGUGGAAGCUGAGGAACCAACCCACAGCAACAGCGCCGGGAUCGACCAGGAUGGAACCGAUUUCUCGUACUUCGUCGAAGCUCACCUAGGGUCCGAUGCGACGCCAAUGUAUAUGCUCGUUGACACGGGUGCUAGUACAACCUGGGUCAUGGGCUCAAAGUGUACAUCCAAGGCCUGUGCGGUGCAUAAUACUUUCGGGCCAGAGGACUCGACAAGCUUGAAACAAACGGGGGACAGUUUCUCGGUUGAAUACGGUUCCGGAUCUGUUGGUGGUCAAAUGGUCUCGGACAGCCUCCAAAUUGCCGGUAUGAAGGUCACGAUGCCUUUUGGAGUGGCCAAUGAGACGUCAGAUCAGUUCACCGAGUUCCCAUUUGACGGGAUAUUGGGGCUCUCGGGGGGCGGUGGAGAUGAAACGACUUUCCUCGAAGCACUCACAGAAGCGAAGACCGUCUCCUCCAACGUUUUUGGCGUGUCGCUUUCUCGGAGUUCAGACGGCCCCAACGAUAGCGAAAUCAGCUUUGGCGCUCCCAAUCCAGCAAGAUACACAGGAGAUAUCUCCUAUACAUCUGUGGUCUCUAAGAAUAGCUGGGCCAUUCCUAUGGACGAUGUCAUCGUCAAUGGACAAUCAGCCGGGGUCAAGAGCCAACUCGCCUACAUCGAUACGGGCACGACCUAUGCGUUCGGGCCCCCAGAUCAGGUCAAAGCAAUAUACAAGGCGAUCCCUGGUUCCUCAAGCGCGGAUGGUGUCACAUAUACAAUCCCAUGCGACUCGAAGGCGUCUGUUGCUCUCACCUUCUCCGGCACGAGUUACACCGUCUCCUCGAAGGACUUUAUGUCUUCAUCUGGCUCGGGGAAUCGUUGCCCUUGCAACAUCUUCGGGAUGCAGGUAGUGUCUGGUUGGUUGCUCGGGGACAUGUUCCUCAAAAACGUCUACACUGUUUUUGACGUAGACAAAGGGCGGAUCGGAUUUGCGUCAAAAGCGACUGCUAAAGGGUCAAGCACCACGGCAUCGUCUCCAACUGGCACUCCCACUCCCACUGUAACCUCUGGCAAUGGCGCAACAACCCUUACCACUGUGACGGCAACUGCGGGAUCCGAUAUGGGACUCGGUGGCCACCAAACGGGCACUAUGUCAACAGCCACAGCCGCAACCGCCGCCGCCACGACAUCUACUGUAGUCGUAUCGUCCUCAAAUCGGCAUGUACAAAGCAGAGGCUUUUCCGUCCUCGCCAUGUGCAUACUCUCAACCAUAGCAUUGGCGCUGUAA